AUGGCACUACAGCGUUUAGAGAACACUGAAAAGCGAUUGAUGAAGAACCCGGAAGUGAGAGAUUCUUACUCAAAGACUAUUGAACAGUAUCUGGAAAAAGGAUACAUACGCAAGAUUAACCAGGAUGAUGAAAAGUACGGAAAAUGGUUUCUUCCACAUUUUCCUGUCAUCCGGCCAGAUAAGAGCACAACAAAGACACGUAUUGUGUUCAACGCAUCAGCAAAGCAUUGUGGUGUCUCAUUAAAUGACAUGAUUCAAUGCGGACCAAAACUUCAAAAUGAACUUUUUGAUGUGUUACUAAGAUUUAGAAGAAAUAGUGUGGCAAUAGUAUGUGACAUUGCAGAAAUGUACUUAAGGAUUAAGGUUCCACAGGAUGAUAGACCUUAUCAACAAUUUCUCUGGCGUGACGUUAAUAUGACUGAAGGGAAACCAGAUGUGUACGAAUUUAGCAGUGUUGUAUUUGGAAUAAAUUCGUCGCCAUUUCAAGCACAGUUUGUAGCACAGACCCAUGCUGAGACUAACAGAGAAACUUACCCUAUGGCAGCAGAGACUGUUUUGAAAUCCACCUACAUGGACGAUAGUAUGGAUUCAGUAUCUACCGAGGAAGAUGGAGUCAAACUCUACAGUCAGCUAUCAGCAUUGUGGGAAAAGGCCGGCAUGUAUGCCAGGAAGUGGCUAUCAUACUCAGUGGGUGUACUGCAGCAUAUCCCACCAGAAGAUGUUGUUCCCGAAGUUGACCUGCAUGACAACAGCUUGCCAUCCGUAAAAACUCUUGGUGUGCUAUGGAAGGCCAAAGAUGACAUCUUCACAUUCAAAGCAAGUCCAAUAGAGGAUGAUUUUACUUACACAAAGCGGAACUUUCUACGGAAAAUCGCAAUGCUGUUUGACCCUUUGGGAUUCCUAGGACCGUACACAAUAAGAGCUAAAGUUCUUUUGCAAGAAAUGUGGACUGCAGGUCUUGACUGGGAUGAUGUGUUGAGCGAAGACCUUAUAUCGAAAGCUGAGAAAUGGUUUAGAGAAUUGACUGAGCUAUCGCUUAUUGAAGUACCGAAAUGUCUGCGUCUAUCUAAUGGUGAGAUUAUAUCGACUUACCUUCAUACCUUUGUUGAUGCUUCCCAGGACGCGUUUGGAGCUGUAGUUUACCAGAGGUGUAUUUAUGACGAUGGAAGUGUAUCAGUCAGACUCGUGACAGCAAAAUCCAAAGUAGCUCCACUUACCGCAGGCAGCAUACCUAGACUGGAAUUGAUGGGUGCUGUAUUGGGAUUAAGGCUAACGCUUUCAGUGACAAGUGCUCUGGAGAUGGAUGGUGACCAAUGCACGUUUUGGACGGACAGCAUGAAUGUGCUGUGCUGGAUCAAGGCACAGAGUAGAAGUUUUUAG